UACAACCAAAACACAGGCACCCAUUGUUGAAAGUAAUAUCGAAAUUGAGAAAUAAAAAAUGGCGAAAGCAAAUGUGUUCCUGCUCUCCAUUGUUCUUAUGGCUUCACUCGCCUCCCUUUCUCACGGCCUUCUCAUGAACGGCCUCCAAAUUCGAGCCAUCGAAGUUCGAGGUGUCUUGCGUUGCACCCUUACCGGUGACCCAAACGCCCCUCCCGUUUCCGCUGCGACCGUCUUCUUAAGUUGUAACGGCAGAGACGCCAACAUUGGCCAAGUACUUACCAAUCCCGCCGGUGCCUUCACCAUUGUGGUCAACAUUUUGGAAACAAGUCUCUUUAACCCCUCGACAUGCUUUGCUACCGUACGUCUUCCUGUGGCCACGUGUUACGUUUUCCCACCGGAUGGUCUCUUAACUUCCACCGUUACUCUGGGCAGUGUCCUCCAAACGAAUGUCGGAAAUAUUGCUAGGUUUGUCACUGGCCCUUUCCUCCGUCUCUGAUGAUCAUCGGUGUUCCAUCUUAAAAAAUUAAGUACGUUCAUGAACUUGUAUGCAUUUCCUAUAUUUUACAUUAGUAAAUAGGGAUAAUAAGUGAUCAUCUCUAUGUCGUCCACAAAGCUUAUAUAGCUUACCUCUUUGUUGUUUCUUAAUUUAUCUUUUGUAAUAAUCCUUCUUAGUCGAAUAAACUAUAUGAUGACAAAUGAGACGUUCCCCCUUAUUUGUACAUAUUCCAGUACCUCUCUCCUUUGAUAUGUUGUUAAAUCGAAUGUUAUAACUGCCCUUCAUACU